AUGCAAGAAAUUGACUUGUUAAGGUUACAUAGAGAAACGCUGAAGUAUCUGGAAAUCGAAAGCAUCUUUAAACGCUUAACACAAACCUUCAUCAAUAAAAUUUACAAUCUUGUUAAAGACAUUUUUGCUGAAGAACACAAAUUCACAAUUUAAGAAUUAUUGAAAUUGGCCAACUAUAAGGAAAUUCCUCUCAAAGAUUUCAAAUUGGUCGAGCACUACAAACUCAAUUCACAAAUUUUCAAGACCAAUCUAUCAACUAUUUUUUCUAUUAUCAUCGAUGAUCUCUAAAAUACAUUCAAUAAAUAAAUUAUAAUUGAGGAAAGAUCAAUUCUAGAACCCAGAUUACUCACUUAAAUUGAUGAAGAAUCCCAAAUCUGUUUUACUGAAAAUUGUAAUGAAAUCUCUCAAGAAUACUCAAAAACACAAAGAGAUGAUGUGAAAACAGAAGAAGCACCAAUACUUAAUGAAGAAUCCAAAUAAGUCUAGAAAAUCCCAUUAGCAAAAUUGUUGUCAUUCGACAAGAUAACUAGUUUAUCAGUCGCUAAUUCCCCUAGACAUUCCAGAGAAAAUAGUUUAACUACUAAUACUUUUAGAUAAUCCAACAAACCAAUCUAAUAAUUGAUGCUGAAUGCUAAUAAUGGAUCUAAAAAACAAACUGUUACUCAACUGGCCAAAAAUAAAAGCUUGGAAUUGAAGUCCAUAGCUGAAACUUUAAUAGCUCAAAGCAAAAUAAGUCCAAAAGGAAAUCAAACUAUUAUCUUUAAUAAUUUAAUGUCCAAAAUGAAUAAUCUCAAAGAAAAUGUUACAAAACUAUGA